AAGCGGGUGGAGCCUCUCUGGAAGGAGGAGGCAGGCAGCAGGCGCAGCAGAGGAAAGCGCCCGGCGGAGGGAGGAGGAGGAGGAAAACAGCCCAGGCCUCCUUCCUGACGCUCUGCAGCCAAGCAGGCGCUCCUUGACCCUUCUGCCUUCAGGUGACUUUUCUCUCCAUUGGAAGAGGGGCCUGGUGGUAGGUUUCCCAGGCCAUGGAAAAUUCCCCAGCUCCAUCUGGAGAUGACAAAUGUGAUGAAGCCAAGAUACAAAAAGACCGAGUGGUAACUGAAGAAGAAUGGCUCCAAAAAUGGCAGACAAAAAAUAUUGGGUUUCAUAACGAAGAACGACAUCCUCUUCUCAGGAAGUAUCUGGAUCUCCUUCUGAGCGGCAGGAGUGGACUGAAAAUAUUUUUUCCACUUUGUGGUAAAACCAUUGAAAUGAAAUGGUUAGCUGACCUUGGUCACCAUGUCACUGGUGUGGAAAUCAGUGAAAGUGCACUGAAGGAGUUUUUUACUGACCAAAACCUUUCCUUUACAGAAGAAACAAUUCCAGAGAUCCCUGGAGCUAAAUUAUUUAAGAGCACCUCUGGAAAUAUUUCUUUAUACUGUUGCAGUAUAUAUGAUUUGACCAGCACAGUUACUGGCAAGUUUGAUGGGGUUUGGGACAGGGGAUCUCUAGUAGCUGUUAAUCCUUCUGAAAGAAAACGAUAUGCCCAGUUGAUCUUAUCUCUGAUGAACAAAAGGUGUUGUUGCCUUCUAAUUACUUGUGCAUAUGAUCCAAACAAACAUAAAGGUCCACCCUUCUAUGUUCCUGACUCUGAAGUGAAAAGUUUAUAUGGCAAAUACUGUGACAUUAAGUGUCUUGAAAAAAUUGACAGUUUAUCGAAUCGACCAAAGAAAUGGGGUUUAGAUUAUUUUUGGGAGCAUUCUCAGCCUCAAAGGGUUCCAGAAUCCAGAAAAUGAUUACUAUCCAUUGGCUUACAGUCCAAAAGGGGAAGAAGAAAACAAAUCCAGCCAGCAGUUUUUAAAAGUUAUAAAACUGUGGUAAUGAUCAACUACAAUGGAAACACCUCUGACAGAGAGAGAGAAAAAUAGUCACAUGGGAGCUAGACUCUCAGCAGAGCUAUAAACACAUUAAAAGCCUAGAAGGUGGGAGGGGGUUGUUCAUUUAAUUUUUGCAAAGUGAAUUUAACUCUACAUUUAAGCCAUAGGUAAGAAAGCGGGAAGUCAACUUUUAGUAUUUUUGUGAAUGUCAGUAGUUUAGUUUAAUGUUUAAUUAGCUAGAAGUAGUGGAGUUAUUUAGAUGUGUAUGUAAUUGGGAUUUAUGUUUUAAAUGUAUUGUUUUCUUUAUGUUUUCAUUAUAUUUCAUUAUAUACUCCAUUAAAAGUUGAUUAAACAAUAAAAA